AUGGCUACAACCAUAUCGGAAUUGAUACCCAGGCGGAUAUUGGAUAUUGGACAAUCACUCGAUGAGCGCAGUUUUUGUAGUCAGCGUAACUUAAGUAAUCGCCGCAUACUUGGAUGUCGGAAAUUCAACACAUCGAAGGAAAGUCGAUACGAGAACUUCUCUCUGAGCGAACUAAGUUCUGCCUUACACGGUGACGAUCCAUCAUCUUUAAAAAGAACGAUUAGUAAUCACAUCUAUUCGGAUCCUGAAAAGUUGAUUCGCAUGAAAUUACUAACUUUUCCUUUGCCCCCAAAUGAAGAACUAAUGGUGCGCCGGGUAAUGGAUAGCUGUCCAUUUAAAGCUCUAUUGAGCUGUUUCGGAGGUUUUGUUUUGGGAGGUAUCUUUGGGUUGUUUUCAGCUAGUGUGGACCCAAUGAGCACAGUACAUGGGGCGGAAACUCCAACUACUCGCCAAGUUUUGAAGGAAAUGUAUUCUCGUUCAUUAUCACAUGCCAAGAGUUUUGCUGUGAUUGGGACACUUUUCGCUGGUACUGAAUGUACUGUUGAGAGUUACCGUGGCAAGAGUGACCUUCUAAAUAGUACAUUAUCAGGUGCAAUCGUUGGUGGUGGAAUAGGUUUUCGAGCUGGUUUACAAGCCGGUCUUGUAGGAGCUUCUGGUUUCGCAAUAUUUUCUACGGCGAUCGAUUACUAUUUUAGACACAAAAACUAG